UCACGGAGAGUCAUGAGUCAGAAGGUCGCGAGGUGAGCGGAUCGAGAGCAGCGCCCGGCCGCCUUUAACCCUAAACAUUCACAGCCUUUCCUCCAGAGAGACUCCGGGAGAAACAUGGAGAGGAAAAGGUGGGAGUGCUCGGCUCUCCCAAAUGGUUGGAAAAGGGAAGAAGUGACCAGAAAGUCGGGCUUGUCCGCGGGGAAAAGUGAUGUCUAUUAUUUUAGUCCAACAGGGAAGAAGUUUCGGAGUAAACCUCAGCUGGCCCGAUAUCUGGGAAACUCCAUGGAUCUCAGCUCCUUCGAUUUCCGGACGGGGAAGAUGCUUAUGAGCAAACUGAAUAAGAACAGGCAGCGGAUUCGUUACGAUCACAGUCAAAGCAAGGGUAAACCUGAUCUGAACACGUCACUGCCGGUCCGACAGACGGCGUCCAUCUUCAAACAGCCUGUCACCAAGGUUACAAAUCACCCCAGCAACAAGGUCAAGACGGACCCUCAGAAAGCUGUUGACCAGCCAAGACAGCUGUUCUGGGAGAAAAAGCUGAGUGGACUCAAUGCUUAUGAUAUCGCAGAGGAGCUGGUGAAGACCAUGGAUCUUCCCAAAGGAUUGCAAGGUGUCGGUCCGGGUUACUCAGAUAAGACGCUGCUUUCGGCUUUAGCGAGCGCCCUGCACACCAGCUCGGCUCCCAUCACGGGUCAGCUGUCGGCCGCGGUGGAGAAAAACCCUGGAGUCUGGCUCAAUACCACACAGCCUCUGUGCAAAGCCUUCAUGGUGACAGAUGAAGACAUCAGGAAGCAGGAAGACCUGGUGUACAACGUGAGGAAGAGGCUGGAGGAAGCGCUCAUGGCAGACAUGCUCGCGCACAUAGAGGAAGCCGCCACUGAGGCGAAAUCUCUGAAGGAAGAGUCCAACGACGAGGAAACGGAGUCUGUAUAGCUGGAAAGCGGUGACGAUGAGAAUAAUCUGGACGACAGUAUUUUUCCUCCCGAACCCAAAGACGCUCUCAGACUGAGACUUAAGCUGAUCCCUAUGCAGAAACCAGCCCCGCUCUCCUGCCUUCUUUCUCCAACUCAACUGUGAACAUUUGUUUUACCCGUAACAUUUCAAGCAGUUUUAUAAAACCAAAUUCACUUUUUUUUCUAACUUUAUCUUGUUUGAGGUGGAUUUGCUCUAUUUUUGUACAGUGUGAGUUUAAUAUUUGGGGUUGGGCUUCAUCAGGUUUGGGUUUCCAGCAUAACACAGUUAGUUUGAGUGAGUUUCAGUGCUGACAGAUGCCCAGAUUUUGCUUUGUAAUUCGGGCGUCGUAAGCUAAUUUCAAAUCAUGAGUCUAAAAUAUCAUUUUUACACAAAUUAGUUUUUUAUACAAACAAAAUGCCAUGUUUUUAUGACUGAUAAUAAUGCACUAGUAGUACAUACUGGUUUGUGAUGGCUGGUACAAAUAUGGUGCUCAGUUCUUCCUGGUUUCUUUAUAUUAUAGCUUUUGUUACAAUGCUAGACAUGACAUAAGCUCUUACAGUGGUGCUUUUAGGUUUUUGUAUUCAUGAAUCUGUCAAUGCAUAGCUGAUAUUAAAAGAAAUGGACAGUUUUACAAUAUUUUUGGAGUUAUUUUUCAAAUGACGUCAUAUUGGAUCAGGCUGUUUGUGUUGCUGUAUGAAGUUGGUACAUUUGACAUUAUUCACUGAUGCGGUAUGGUUUAUUAUGAUUAUAGACUGAGAUCUGUGACGGUUACAGUAUAGAAAUCGGCAUGAUGCAUCCGUUUAUCCAGUGUUUGGUCAGUAGGUGGCUUGUUUUUCAUUCACACUAAUUCUUCACACAUCCGUGAUUCAAUUCUAUAGAUUUACUCAUACCCUGAUGUUUUUUCUUAAAAAAAUGAUUGCAUUGGAUAGUCAUGUUUGAAAUAUGCAGGAGAGGUGUUUUUGUAUUUUGCCCUUUAUUUGCAAGAAAACUUCUCUUUUUGAGGAUACAAACCUUGUAGCUGAAGGAAACAUAAUUUUGUAAUCAUGGAAAAUAAAAGUCUUUCAACACGUAAA